AUGUGUGCUGCAGACACAGAUGAGUGCGCAUCCGACCCAUGUGACAACAACGCUACCUGUCAUGACUAUGUGAACUACUACACGUGUGAGUGCGGGCCUGAUACCGACGAAUGUUCGUCUGGCCCAUGUUACAACAACGCCACCUGCCAUGACUACGUGAACUACUACACGUGUGAAUGCGGACCCGGUUGGGAGGGCGUCCACUGCGAAAUAAAUACAAACGAAUGCGGCUCCAAUCCAUGUUUUAACAACGCCACCUGCCAUGACUACGUGAACUACUACACGUGUGAGUGCGGACCCGGGUGGGAGGGUGUUUUGCUGGACCCUACUGUUAAUGAAUGUGUAAUAUGUACAACCACGUUGUCUUGUCUUGCUCUUUCUUCACUUCUAACAUUAGAUACGAACGAGUGUUCUUCUGACCCAUGUAACAACAACGCCACCUGCCAUGACUACGUGAAUUACUACACCUGUGAGUGCGGGCCCGGAUGGGAGGGUGUUCACUGCGAAAUAAACACGGACGAAUGUGGCUCCAGCCCAUGUUACAACAGCGCCACCUGCCACGACUGGGUGAACUACUACACGUGCGAGUGUGACUCGGGGUGGGAGGGUGUCCACUGCGACAUCAAUACAAACGAGUGCGCUUCAGAGCCAUGUUACAACAGCGCCACCUGCCACGAUUGGGUGAACUACUACACCUGUGAGUGUGGACCUGGGUGGGAGAAUACUCACUGUGAAGUCAAUACCGACGAAUGUGGGUCCAACCCGUGCCAAAACAACGCCACGUGCCAUGAUCAUGUCAACCACUACACGUGCGAGUGUGCCGCAGGGUGGGAGGGCGUGCACUGCCAAACCAACACAAACGAGUGUACGUCCAACCCGUGUCUAAAUAACGGCAGUUGCCAUGACUACAUCAACUUCUACAUCUGCGAGUGUGUGGGAGGCUGGAAGGGAGUGCACUGCGACGACAAUAAUGACGAAUGUAAAUCCAACCCGUGCCAAAGCAACGCCACCUGCCACGAUGACGUCAACCGCUACACGUGCGAGUGUGGGCCGGGCUGGGAGGGAAUCCACUGCGAAAACAAUACCAACGAGUGUGCUUCCAACCCAUGUUACAACAACGCCACCUGCCAUGACCAUGUGAAUUACUACACGUGCGAGUGUGCCCCAGGGUGGGAGGGUGUUCACUGCGAGAUUAAUACCGACGAGUGUGGCUCGGACCCCUGUUUUAACAACGCCACCUGCCAUGACUAUGUGAACUACUACACCUGUGAGUGCGGACCCGGAUGGCAUGGCGUGCAUUGCGAGAUCAAUACGAACGAAUGUGCAUCAGAUCCAUGUUACAACAACGCCACCUGCCACGAUCACGUGAACUACUACACCUGCGAGUGCGCUCCAGGGUGGGAGGGCGUCCAUUGCGAGAUCAAUACGGACGAAUGUGGGUCGGACCCCUGCCUAAAUGGCGCCACCUGUCACGACUUCGUGAACUACUACACGUGCGAGUGUGUCGCAGGCUAUCAAGGAGUGCAUUGUGAAGACGAUAACAAUGAGUGUGACUCCGUCCCGUGCCAAAACAACGCCACCUGUCAUGACUACGUCAACUACUACGAGUGUGAGUGCGGUCCCGGAUGGGAAGGUGUUCACUGCGAAAUAAGUAAGUUUCUAUGA